GAGAGCGUCAGACUGAAGAUCUGAAGGUCGCGUGUUCGAUCCACGCUCACCGCAUUUUUAUCCGUCUUUUUCUUUCAGUCUCCAAGACAAGACUUCACAGCUCACACGACCAGUUCAUAUGAAGUAGAAAACAAGCAUAGAAAACCAUUUGCUGAGCUUUCGAAUAAGUAUUGCAGUAAAGCUUCCACGAGCUGAUGAUACCAAGAAGUGUUAGUGUAUGUAUGCAAUGAGUUGAAUUUUUAGAAAUUGUUUUUUCCUUUUCCCUCGAAGAAUGAUCGGUACAAACAAGAAUGAUUUGAAAGCUUAUGUUUGGUGGUCAAGACAAACAACAUAGAACUUGGCUGCCAAAAGCUUUCCAUUAACGAAUGCUCGUAGCAAUUAGCAAGCAACGGCCAGUUCCUUGAAACAACAGAGAAGCAGCAAAUCCGAACUUCUAUCAUGGAGACGAAGAAGACCGUGAAUUUGAUCACCCGAGGCUCCUAUGUUGUAUUGGACAAUGGCUUGGUCAAACUGACAAUCUCGAAGCCACAAGGAUUCUUGGUUGCCAUAAAGUAUGGCGGAUUGGGAAACCUUCUAGACCUCAAGUCCAGUGAAUCGAGCCGAGGUUACUGGGAUCUGAACUGGAGCUUGCCUGGGGGUCAUGAUCGAUAUCAACUGCUCCAAGGAUCUGAAUACAGUGUGAUUCGGAUGAGCAACGAUUACCUGGAAGUCGCUUUCAGGAGUACUUAUGAUCCUUCCAUCCCAGGCAUCAGAUUACCACUCAGUGUGGACUUAAGGUACAUUAUAAGGAGUGGAGUUUCAGGCUUCUAUUGUUAUGCUAUAUACGAGCGCCCUCCUGGAUGCCGUGCCUUUGGUCUUGCGCAGACAAGAAUGGUAUUCAAGCUGCGACGAGAAAAGUUUCAUUACAUGGCCAUUUCGGAUGAAAAGCAAAGGAUAAUGCCAAUGCCAGAGGAUUUAGUCCCAGAUAGAAGCAAACAGUUGAUUGUACCUGAAUCAGUUUUGCUCGUAAAUCCCAUAAAUCCAGAUCUCAAAGGCGAGGUAGACGAUAAAUACCAGUACUCGAUGGACAACAAAGAUGGUGGAGUCCAUGGCUGGAUAAGUUCCAGUCCAAUUGUUGGGCUCUGGAUCAUCUUCCCCAGCCAAGAGUUUCGCAGUGGUGGACCAACCAAGCAAAAUCUCACAGUCCACACGGGUCCUGCCUGUCUCGCAAUGCUUCAUGGAACUCAUUACAUUGGGCCUGAUAUGUUAGCUCAUUUUGAAGAGGGUGAGACAUGGAGAAAAGUGUUCGGUCCUUUCUUCGUAUACCUGAAUUCAACUCCAGAUGUAUCAAAAGCAAACAACCUGUGGAUAGACGCGAAAAGACAGAGGCUGUUUGAAGAGUCGGCAUGGCCAUACGAUUUUGUCUCAUCGCCCUACUAUCUUGCAGCCAAAGAACGCGGCUCAGCUUCAGGACGGUUGUUUGUCCAAGACAGGUUUGUUUCCAAUUCUCUUGUCCCGGCACAAUAUGCAUAUGUUGGUCUAUCAGCUGCAAGAAUCGAAGGAUCCUGGCAGACAGAGAGCAAGGGCUAUCAGUUCUGGGUGCAAACUGAUUCAGAUGGCAGUUUUACUAUCAACAAUGUCGUUCCCGGUUCCUAUGGACUCCAUGGCUGGGUUCCAGGUUUCGUUGGAGAUUACCUCAACAAGGAACUUGUGAUCAUCUCUCCAGGCUCACAGACACAUCUCGGCAAUCUGAUUUAUGCUCCUGCCAGAGACGGCCCUACUGUGUGGGAAAUUGGCUUCCCAGAUCGUACAGCUAUAGGAUUUUAUGUUCCUGAUGUGAACCCGAUGUAUGUCAACAAGUUAUUUCUCAACAGCCCUGAGAAGUACAGGCAAUACGGAUUGUGGGACAGAUACACUGAUUUACACCCUGAAUCUGAUCAGAUCUUCACCAUAGGCAUUAGUGAUCCAAAGAAAGACUGGUUUUUUGCUCAUGUCGACAGGAGGGGAACCAACAAGUACCUGCCAUCAACAUGGAAGAUCAACUUCAAUCUGAACUCAGUAACCGGAGGAAUUUACAAGCUGAGGUUGGCUAUUGCAUCAGCAACUCGUUCUGAUCUUGAGGUUUAUGUCAACUCUAUAGACAAUGAGCACCUGGUGUUUCAGGUGAUGAAUUUAGGGACAGAUAACACAGUUUGUAGACACGGAAUUCAUGGGCUUUACCGGCUUUUCACCAUUGAUAUUUCCUCAUCGUUGGUGAUUAAAGGAGACAACUCCAUAUUUCUCACUCAGGCUAGGGGAGGAGACGCACUUUGUGAAAUCCUCUAUGAUUAUGUAAGGCUGGAAGCUCCACUGGUUUCUGCAAGACUAGAGGAGUGAAGCAAUGAGAGGAAAACAGAAGAUGUUGAUACAAAUUUGAUUUUGGUUGUCCUAUUAUCACCAAGGCUGAACAAGAGAUGGAGUGUCCCUGUGAGGAAAGAAGGUUAGGUUUUCCUAAAAGUGUUCGCUAAAACCAUCCUCUAGUUCCUUAGGCUUCACCUGUAUUUGAAUCCUUAACUGUUUCCAUGUGAGUUUUUUUUUCCCUUUCUGAUACUUUCUCUAUGCUCCCGAAGUUAAACUCUGAUCUUUCAGAAGCAGCCCUCUGGGACACUUAAUCAAUCACAAAUAAGAGAUUCAAAAUGCACAAAAUCCUAAACAUAAACUUGCAAGUAAUCCACCAAACCAAACAGAAUACGGUUCCACAGG